AUGGUUCACGGGUGCACCAUUCAAGGUAUUACCAGAAACUCUUCCUUAAUUUCUUUUCUUUUUAAAUAUGUGAAUUAUGUAUUCAGAUUAAAAGAACAUAGGUUCCAUUAUAUGGCAAUAUCAGACGAUAGGCAAAGGGUGAUGCCAUCAGAAGAGGAUCGCGCAAGUGGCCAAGUACUUGAUUUUAAAGAAGCUGUUAAACUCACAAAUCCUUCCAACCCUAAACUCAAAGAUGAGGUGGAUGACAAAUACCAAUACUCGGAUGAGAUUAAAAAUAUUAAAGUACAUGGAUGGAUAGGUGAUACUCCACAUAUGGGGUUUUGGGUAAUCUCACCAAGUUAUGAAUAUUGCAAUGGUGGUCCUAUGAAGCAAGAUCUUUCUUCUCACGUUGGUCCAACAUCCAUGGCAGUAUUUUUCAGUAGUCAUUAUGCAGCACCACUAUUGGGAGUUUCACUAACAAAUGGAGAGGCAUAUUGGAAAAAGGUUUUUGGUCCUGUAUUUUUCUAUGUUAACUCAGAUUCUGGCAUUGAUCAUACCGUACUUUGGGAAGAUGCCAAAAGACAGAUGAAUGAAGAAACUACAAAAUGGCCAUAUGACUUCCCAGCAUCAAUAGACUAUCCCCAUGCAAAUGAACGCGGUUCAGUUAGUGGUCAAUUAAUGGUCCAUGACGGGUACAUAAACAAAGAUCUUUUUCCUGCAAAAAAUGCAUAUAUUGGACUUGCCAAUCCUGGAGUUGCAGGAUCUUGGCAAAGUGAGACCAAGGGUUAUCAAUUUUGGACUCAAACUGAUGAUUCUGGUAACUUCAAGAUAAGUAAUGUUAGACCUGGAGUUUAUGGCGUAUAUUCUUGGGUUCCUGGAGUUAUUGGAGAUUACAUGUUCUCCUCUUAUAUAUCCAUUACGCCAGGAAAUAACAUAGAUUUAGGUCAAAUAGUUUUUGAAGCUCCAAGAAAUGGUCCAACUCUAUGGGAAAUUGGCUUCCCUGAUAGAACUGCUGCUGAAUUUUUUAUACCUGAUCCAUUGCCUGGUCUUCAGAAUUAUUUGUACAUUAACACUACUGUACAUAAGUUUAGACAAUAUGGUUUGUGGAAUCGUUAUGCGGAUUUGUAUCCUAAUGGAGAUUUAGUAUACAAAGUUGGUGUUAGUGAUUUUCGAAAAGAUUGGUUCUUUGCCCAUGUAACCAGGAGAAAUUUGGACAAUACUUAUGGACCAACAACAUGGCAAAUUUCAUUUGAUCUCACAAAUGUGGAUCCUAAUGGCAUUUACUAUCUUCGUAUAGCCUUGGCUUCUGCAUCCUAUGGCCAUUUGCAAGUGUGGAUAAACACUCCCUCAAAACCAAGGCCAUGGUUUGAUACUUUACAAAUUGGGCAAAGUAAUGCAAUAGCCAGACAUGGAAUUCAUGGCUUGUAUAUGACCUUCGAUAUUCAAUUUCCAGGGAAUAUACUUCAAAUUGGUGAAAAUAUAAUAUAUUUGAAGCAAGCUUCAGCUAAUGGUCCUUUUAAUGGACUAAUGUAUGACUAUAUUCGUCUUGAAGGACCUCCACAAUAAAAC